UUGCAGUCACACCCCAGAUAGCAGCAUGGAUGUGGAUAGGGGGGCAAAGAACUCCCAAAGACCUUUGCACUGCAGGGGUGGAUGUUUCCAGAUUUGCUGUGACUUUUGCAUCUUCAAGAGGCAGUGGAUCGUGUACAGCACUGGGCUGCUGCUUUGCACUCUACCUGGGGACACCAGAAAGAGCUGGGGAGCUAGGUGUGCGCACUUCCCUUCUCUAACCAGGUCAAAUGAACUUUAAUAAAAGGCUUCCAGUACACUGGGAAAGGCAGAUCACUGCCCUGCUGUACGACCAAGGGGAAUGGCACACAGACUGUGGCACCAUCUGUGCAGGAUAUGAAGAUAGGAUUUUUUCCUCCUAGUCAUGGGCAUCACUUCACCUGGUUUAGAGGUUGUAGUAAACAUGUUCACCAUGUAACUGGAGCUGCCCACACAUCUAGACUGUGCUCAGGUUAUCUGGGCUAGGCAGAUACCGGUGACUGUUAAUAGAAAUGCUCAGGAAGUGGAAAAAAUAGGUCUGACCUUUUUGAUGUCUUUGUCAAUUCCUCCCCACCUCCAAUUUCUGUUAACUACACUGCUGUUUCUGAGAGCAGCUUUGUGGAAAAUGCUCUUUUUGGGCCUCUAACAGUAUUGCUAUAGUGGUAUUAUGCUUGGUGGUGGUCAUGGAGAUGAAACACUUAGAGUAGUGCAAAAGUGAUGCAAGCAGAAUAUGCGCUGACUUGGCACACAAUGUGGGUGAAAAAGCAAAAGAAACAGCAGUUACCAAAUACAUUAAUUUUGCUUCUUCCUCUGCUAACCCUCCAAGGGGUUCAGUGGCUGAGUGGUGACUGGGUGUUGCAGCAACUCCUGAGGUAUAAGGUUCAGCCCUGCACUGAGCUAAUGCUGAAAGCUGUCCCCUUUUGACCCAAAUGUGUAUUUUUGUCAUUCACGCUGUAGAGUCAAGGUGGUCUAAUAUGAUGCUAGCUACAUCACUGCCUUGUGUGCUGUUGGCUUCAGGAACUGGCCCAUUGCAGUGCAUUGAGCAUGCCGUUUGACCUGGACCUGGACCCUGACCCUGUAGCUGCAGUGUGAAUGUUCUGCCUUAACAAAGUUAUAAUGAAAGGACAACUUGUUCUAGAAACCUUGGAUGCAAGGAGAGGUGAAGAGGCAACUACACGCAGCCCUAAAUUUGUGUGGGGCUCUUUCAAGUGUGUGUGGUGUAUACAAAUGGGCAUAGGAACUUCAGACUAAUUUAACCAGUCCUGCCGCUAAUUGGCCCAUCCAAAGCUCUGUGCUGGUACAGCUAUACUGCCUCCAGGUUAGGAGGCAACCCACACAAAUAGCCCAGUAAGCUUUUGAGGUUCUGCUACUGGACACAGUAAGGUCACCACAUAGAUACAGCUGCUCAGAACUAUAGUGAAGGCCAGGGAGGUUAUUGCAGUCAGUAGAGCUGCCUUGUGAUGGAUGCCUGUAGAUGUAGCAAGAACAGCAACUCCAGCCCAGCCCAGCAAACAUGUUAUUCUUUUUAUCCACCUGACAAGGACAUUGAGUACUUUCCUUUUCAUGUUCUUGUGACAAUGUGUUUAGCAGAAUUCACAGAUUUGUUGGAAUCUGACAGGUUGCACCAUGAGUGUGUUUCUGCUAUGGCCUCAAACUUGCAACCUCUAGGCUGUCAACCAUGCGCCUUAGUGCCAAUGCAACCCCAGCCCCUGGACAUUGAUUCAUAUCUUUAAUAUUAUGGUCCAUUAAUUGAAAUGAACUAAAUGGGCCCAGAGGGACAAAGAUGUUAACCUGAUCCUGACCUGACACUGAGACCUUGGCUGGCUUAGUUCCAGGGCAGACUUAUCGCUGCUAAAAUCCCCUUGUAUUCCAGGUACAAGAAAAGAAGAGUGGCAUUUGAAAUGUGAAGUUUUGGGUGGAAUUGGGCAGUCUCGCAUCCUACUGAUUCACUUCCCAUCUGUGCUGUUGCACUGUCCCCUGCAUGCAUCAGACUCCCGUGGAGCCGUGGUCUCCCUCCGCUGGUCUGUGCUUGGAUCUGAGACUUUCCCUUGCCGUUCUAUAAUGGCAAGGCAGCUGUGGUGCUGAAUAGAAUUCCAUUAGCUAGUGGUACAGCGCAUAGCCUUUUCCCUCUUGUGUCAAACUGGAACAGAAAUCCUUGUCCCUGAGGACCUGGAAGAGCUCCAGCAUGGGAGCCUCCAGCAUGGGAGCUGGGCAGCUGACUGGUGUGAUGCUCAUGGUAUGCAUUUGGCUCCCCAUGGUAGCUGCUCAGAACCUCAUCAAGAACCCCAGGGACCAGAAAACAGAGCAUGCACUUCUGAUAAAUGAGAUCAAUGCAGACAACCCAGGAGAAGACACCUCUGAGUUUGUGGAGCUAUAUCACACCAGUGGUCGAGCAGCCCCCUUGGAUGGCUACUACCUCAUCUUUUACAAUGGCAAUGGAAACCUGGCCUAUAGAAUCCUGAACCUCAAGGGCUACACCACAGACAGCCAAGGCUUCUUCCUCAUUGGGUCCUCCACAGUACAGCCUCGCCCCGCAGUGAUCUUUCCUAAGAAUACUAUCCAGAAUGGCCCUGAUGCUAUUGCCCUGUACUAUGGGAAAGAGAACUUCCAGGAAGGCAUGCAUGUCACGAGUGAUGGUCUGGUGGAUGCCUUGGUCCAUAAAUCUAAGAAGACUGACAGGGCAGAUGUGUUGCUCAGUGUUUUGACCCCCGACAGGGGUGCAUUCCUGGAGGACCCCUCCUUCAGGAUCUUGGAUGAGUCAAUAGAAAGGUGCCGUGGAACAGAUUCUCAGUGGGUUUUUCAAGUGGCGAUGCCCAGUCCUGGCAGGGACAACCAUUGCAUCUCCUCUUCUCAGCUGAAUGCUUCUGCUGCACUGAUCAAUGAAGUCCACCCCAUGUCCUCUCCUGGGGAGUUUGAAUUCAUAGAGCUUCAAGGACCUCCUUCCACCAUGCUGAGGGACUUAGUUCUGGUGCUGAUUGAAGGGCUUACCAAAGAAGUUUAUUUCUUCAUGGAUGUUUAUGGCAAAACCUCUCCGGACGGCCUACUUCUGAUUGGCUCAGUCCAAGACAAAACCCCAGUUGAUUUGCCAUUCCCAAAGAACUCCAGCAGCCCUCUCCUUAAAACUGGCUCCAAUGCCAUUGCCCUGUAUGUUGGGAACAGCAGCAGCUUUGCACUGGGGCAAGCAGUGUCUACAAGCAAUCUACUGGAUGCACUGGUAUACACAAACAAUGAGAGGGUGGACCCUGAGCUUCUGGAGAUCCUGACCCCAGGGAAAUUCGCCUAUGAGAAUAAAUGGUAUCAGCUGGGUGAUGUGUCCAUGAGCCGGUGCAGCUGCUGCUCUGUGACCCAGGAUCCCUCUGUCUAUGUCCUCAGCAGCCCUACACCCAGUGAGUUCAAUGACUGCCCCAGCACACGCUACAGCCAGUCCAUUUCUCUAUGCCUCCAUACAGCAGAUUGUCAGCAGUGGGUCCUGAGGUCCUAUGAGAUACAGAUGGCUCUGGCCCAAGCCCUUGACAAACUAUGCAACUGUGGAACAUCUGUUGCAUAUUUCAAAGAUUCCAGUGCAACGUGCCAAGCCAUGGGGCUUGUGUUCAGCAUGCUCCUGACUGCCAAAUCCACACAGCAGCUGAGUAGCCUUGCACAGGCCUUCAGAAGCCUCCUGCAGAGCCCAGAGGCAGCAAACUUCAGCAGCUGGAAUGCCACAGUGGAGAAGGCUUGUUUCAAGGAUGCUCAUGUGACAGAGUCUCCACCAGGUGCUUCAUCGGAGAAGUCAGCAGUGAUGCACGAGCCACCUUCCCAACUGCCUAAACUGCUCAUCAAUGAAGUGAAUCCAGAUAAUCCAGGUGGCCGGGAGGAUACAGAGUAUGUUGAGCUGUUCUACACUGGGCAGACACACUUUAACCUCAAGGAUUACUGGCUGGUCCUUUAUAAUGGCAAAAACAACCAGGCUUACAAAGUGGUGAAUCUGACCGGCUACCAUACCAACGAACAAGGCUACUUCCUGGUGGGCAGCGAGGGAGUGACUCCAAAACCUGUGAUCAUUUUGCCUCCGAACACCAUCCAGAAUGGGGCAGAUGCCAUAGCCCUCUAUUACAGCACCACCCUCUCUUACAGAGGGAGCAUGGUAGUGACGGAGGAGGGGCUGGUGGAUGCAGUGGUGUACACUUCCCGGGCAUCUGACAGGGCAGAUAAGUUGCUCAGAAUACUGGCCCCAGGGCAGAAUAUCCUGUAUGAAGAUGAUUCCCACAGUAGCCAGGAUGAGUCUUUGAGCCGGUGCAAUGACCUGACCCCCAGGCUCCACAGCAGCUUCCAGGUGACUAUAAUUACACCCUUCCGGGAGAACAACUGCACCAAUUCUUCAGUGCUGCCUUCCAGUAUCCCUCCCAUUCUUAUCAACGAGCUGAGCCUGACCAACAGCACCAUCCCCUAUCAAUUCAUUGAGCUGAAGGGGAAGCCUGGAGCCAGCUUAGGAGGAUACAGUUUGGUGUUCUUCUCUGGAAUAGAUGGCAAAGCCUAUUCCAGCAUCCCACUGAAGGGCACUUUCAGAAACACGGGUCUGUUUGUAAUUGCACCAGAAGGAGGACCCACACCUGAUCUGUUGUUGCCAUCUGUCAAGGAUGCCCUUUCCAUUAGGCAGGGCUCCAGUGCUGUUGCAGUGUACAACCGCUAUCAAGCAAGAAGUCCUCAGGGCAUGGUGGCAACCCUUGCGAACCUGGUGGAUGCUUUGGUUUACACAUGGGAGUCAAACACAGGCAGAGGACAGCUGGACCUCUUUGGACCAUCACAUUUUUUGCCUUGUCCAAAAGACAGGUCAGUCUCUUUGAGCCGCUGUUGCAAUAUGAGUGCUACACUUGUAUACGCUGUCUCAGACCCUACACCUGGCUUGGAGAACAUCUGUCCUCUGAGGUCGCUUGCUGAGGAUCUCAAUAUAUGCCUGAUGACACCUAACUGCUCUACAUGGACUCUAAACCCUGAGCAGAUGCUAGACAGCCUGGAGAAGGUACUGAUGACAUCCAUAGAAGAGAACUGCUCCUGUGGAGUCUCUCAGUUCUAUCUACAAGAACUUAACUUCACCUGCAUAGGUUCUAUAUUGAAGCUCUCAGGCCAGGUGUGGGCCAGGUCACUGAAGCAACAACAUAAAAUCAGCAGCUGGCGCAAAGAAUUCACUUCCAGCCCACAUCCAUUGUCAGUGGAUGGGAGUAUGCUCAGGACUAAUGUAGAGUGUGCCACUCCAAAAGAGCCAACAUCAGAGGCAUCAAGUGUCACCUCUUUAGAGGGUUGGGAGAUUGCCCUCUUUGUCCUGGGAGCUCUACUGCUCAUACUUGUGCUUGCUGGUUUAGCCUUCUAUUACAUCAAAAGGUAUCCUCAGAAUUACACCAACAUUGAAAUGAAUGAUCGCAGGCAGAUUGCAGCAGACUUCUAACUUUGAGGCAGAACUAUUCUAGCAAGAUCCGUCAUCAUGGGCAGGGGCCGACAGAGCUUGCAUCUCUGUGGGUAGGCAAGCCAUCUGUCCAAAGUCAUCCCCUCCCUCCUAUGAGGACUGUUGCAUGGAUCCUGGGAAUGUAGCUUUGUACAUUUAUUUUUUUACACUUCUGUUGGCCUCUGACUAAAAGAAUUUUAAGAAAUGGUCUCUAUAAGGGCUCCAAGAGCACUUUUCACUGCAGGGGUCUGGAAACAGCCUGAAUUGCUGAAGGAAGGGGAUUCACUCUGGGUAUGCACCACUGGAGAGAGGUAAGGUGGAAGGACGCAGGUUGCCUCAUCUCCAAACAACUUGCUACUGGGGGUAAGUGGAGAGAUGGCAAAGGAAAGAUUAACAGUGAGACUGUUUUAUCCUUGCUAUAAACUUACCAGCAAGUCCAGGUCUUAAUUUGCAUCCUCAUGGUUGUACA